AUGGUGUUGGGCGAUGGUAGUGGGCGGCAUGCGCUGCGUUUGGCGGCUCUGGCCGCUUGCAUCGUGGUGGGAGCCCUGGCCCCCGAACGGUUGGAGCCCUGCUCUGCAAGCCCACUUUGUUCCUGCAGGACUGCGCAUAUGUCCUGCACAGCCGUGCCAUUGCAUAGAUUUCCAGAAUGGCCUCGGAUAGAGCUUCAACACUUAGAUAUAAGUAUGUCAAAUUUAGAAAUCAUUACUGAAAGUGCACUGGAUGGAUUGCAUUUACAAACAUUAGUUUUAGUAGCGAAUAAACUACACUACAUCGAAGCUCAUGCGUUAAGCUCAAUGGCAAGUUCCUUGGCAUCUUUAGACCUUGGUUACAACGAAUUUACAGAAAUACCGGAACAAGGUCUAAAUGAUUUGAGAGUUUUGAAUUGGUUAAAUUUACAAAACAAUUUAAUAUCACAUAUCGGACCAGAAGUGAGAUGGCACUACUUAGAAGAUACACUAACUAGUUUAUCAUUGAGUAAUAAUCAAAUAUCACAUUUGAAACCCCAAGCUCUUUCCACUCUUACUCACCUGUUGCAGUUAGACUUGGAGGGCAAUUAUUUACGCAGUAUCAGUUAUGAUUCCUUGCCUCAGUCCCUAACGGUCCUAAAGUUAUCGAAUAACUUCCUCUACGGCCUCUCCUGUGAUUUAAUGUUUAAUCUCCCUAGACUACAAAUAUUACACCUCCGUCAUAAUUUAAUUACUUUUCACACGAAUGGCACCUGUCUACACAAUAAAACAAAACGACUGGAAAAGUUGGAUUUGAGUAAUAACAAAUUAAAAGAUGACGUGGAAAUCUACCUAUUUCGAGAAAUUCAAAUCAGACAGAUAAUUUUAGACCUGAACGAUUUGAUCACGAUACCUAAGUCGGUAUUUCUGAACAAUCGAAUAGAGCGUUUGUCAAUUUCCUAUAAUAAACUGACGUCGAUAUCUCGAGACUUAUUUAUAUCGUUGAAGAACUCGCUGGAGCAUUUGGAAAUAGAGCACAACAAAUUGUCCUAUUUGCCGGACAGUCUAGCGCAGGUUUUGCGACUGCGUCAUUUAUCUUUAGCCUACAAUGAGUUGGAGGAGGCACCACCAUUGCCGGCUCGUAUUCAGACGCUGUCGCUCGCCGGGAACUUUCUAACUUCCAUGCCUUCCACCCUCCACGCUCUCGAGCCCGGUUCGAUUCGUUAUCUCGACCUUAGCUACAAUAAGAUAUCUAAUUUGCUACCCAAUGAAUUCCGAGAUUGGUCGACUUCCCUGGGGACUAUAAACUUGAAAGGUAACAGGAUUGCACAGAUAAAUAAUAAUGUAUUUCCUGUUAGCUUGCCAGUGAAAGAAAUCAAUUUAAGCUUUAACGACCUGUACUAUGUACAUCCACAGUCGUUCUCUAAUUUAUCGGGCUCUCUGCACGUUUUAGAAUCGUCUUCAACGCUCUUCAGUGGCUACUUUCCGAUCGAAGUCGACGAUGGGUUUGAAAAUCUCAGUUGGUUGUCGUUUGACAAUAACGAUUUUCACAUCCUUAAAAUGAGCGAGCUUGCAGCGUAUCCAUAUCUAAAGUAUUUAAAUUUAGAUUACAAUAGAAUUAUAGAAAUAGUGAUAGAUGACCACAGUAGUAAUGUUUCUUCGAGUAUUAGCAAUUUAAGAAUGUCCUACAAUUUUCUAAGUUCUAUAAACAAACAAAGUUUUAGCCGUACCCCAGAAUUAACAAAUUUGGAUUUAUCAUUCAACAAAAUCAGUAAUUUGACGAAAUAUACCUUUUCAAACUUAUCUAAUUUACGAUAUUUAUCUCUCGCGAGCAAUAUAAUUGACUCGAUGGAGACAAAGACAUUCGCUAAUUUACCCAAACUGGAGAUACUGGAACUUCAGUGUAACAACUUAAGUUAUUUGUAUCUCAACUCUUUACAUAAUGUCUCCAACGAAUACGUAACUUUUACUAUAAAUGUAAGCAGAAAUAUAAUAAGAUUUAUAGAAGGAGAUACUCCAAUUUCCAUUAAUAUUUUUGACGGCUCUUACAAUGAUUUUUACGAGGUGCCAACAAAUUUUUUUAUCGCUGUAGAAUAUACGAUAAGACAUGUCAUACUAUCUCAUAAUAAAAUCACACACAUUGUAAGUGAAGCGUUCGGUCAGUCCGCCUUCCUAGAAAUUUUAGAUUUACAUAAAAAUAGCAUUAGUGUAAUUAAAAGAAAAUCAUUCUCCGAUUUAGUGUCUUUGCAAAUAUUAGACCUCUCAUUCAAUGCCAUAUCGCAGUUAUCUGUGGAACAAUUUUAUAAUUUAAGAAAACUGCGAUACUUAAAAAUGGACCACAAUAACAUUAGACUGCUGCCUAGGGAUAUCUUCAAAAACACUAUAAUAGAGCAUUUAGAUUUAGGUUUUAACGAGAUAUCGCUGUUUCCGGUCACAGCUCUGUCGCAAAUAGGUUUUACAUUACGACACCUAGAUUUCACUGGCAAUAGGAUAGAAUAUUUGGACGGUAACAUAUUUCGGAACACACAAUUCCUAUCAAGCCUGAGCUUAGGAGGCAAUCUGCUAACGGUACUAUCUGAUAACACGUUUUCCAGUCUUGGUGGCUUACGUCGCUUGGACUUAAGUUUCAACUCUAUAAAGGCAAACUUUAAGGAGCUGUUUCACAACCUUCCCAACUUAAGGCAUUUGAAUCUUGCAAACAUAAGUUUGAAGUCGGUGCCUUAUCUACCUUUAACGAACUUAACGAGUCUCAAUUUGACUUCUAAUUACAUUAACAGUUUUAAAGAGACUGAUGUUAAACGAUUAGUGAACCUUCGUCACUUAGACAUAAGCCAUAACAGACUAACUUCUUUAGUGCCAAAGAUGUGGAUUCAUUUGAGAAAUCUCAAGAUAUUAGAUGUUUCAUAUAAUCCCGUUGUUAGAAUAACGCCAAAUAGCUUUAAAGGCUUGAACGACUUAUCACAUUUAAAUUUAAAUGGUCUAAAAUACAUUGAUAUAAUUGACCAAGAUUCUUUCCGUCCCUUAACUUCCUUACGCUCCCUGCAUCUUCAAACUUGGUCCGCGAUAAAUCAUUCCACUUUCCGGCUCGCUAACAUUACUUCCUCGCUUCCUUCACUGUAUAAAUUAGUAAUACAUUGGAAAGAUAAAACAAUGAAUGAGCAGCUGCACGGAAUUGACGCGAGAAAAUUACGAUAUUUAGAGGUAAGGGGCGUCAAUUUGGAGAGGAUACACGAUGAUGCAUUCGAGCCUUUCGCAAGCAGCCAAGAGAUAUUCAUCAAAAUAACGGAGACGUCGAUAUCAAAACUUCCUCCUGCAUUUAUGAAGCACCUCGGGCAAAUACCACAACUAGGCAUAGACAUCAGUUACAAUCAAAUCGCUAGGCUUAAUCCGGCUAUCUUCUACCCGAAUUUUACGAGCUGGAGUCACGUAGCGACAAAAUUGCUUUCAGGUGGUUUAAUUCUCACUGGGAACCCGUUACGCUGCGAGUGCGGUUUGGCCUGGCUUGGGGCGUGGCUUCGCAGGUGGUUGCAAGAGAACGAAGCUGGCUCUGAAUUAAGACGAGCUGUCCACAGUGCUACCUGCACUGAUCAGGCAGGGCGACACGUGGCCUUGUUGCAGCUGCGCGCGGACGAGGCCGAGUGCCAUGCUAGUGCCCUCUCAAGCGACGCCCAGCCCAAUUAUUCUAGUUUCAUAUACCAAAUGACGUUUUGUUUGUGGAUUCUCAUUCUUAGGUGA